CAAAACAGAUAGCCACGAUUUAUCAUAACGCCAUCAAUCCUUUAACUACGUACUUCCGAAUGCGUUUAUGUUGUAGCAUCGUUAUAACAAACGGGUAAAUUUUUAUAAAUUCCUGCCGACGCAGGUGCUCGCAUGUCAUAGCCUACAUCACCAUGGCGGAUCCGGGUCCAAGUACAUCUCAGGCAAACCGUUCAACAUCCCAACAGCAACGACCACAACAACCUCAACAACAGCAACAGCAACAACAGGAAGCAAAACAAAACGCAGGAAAGCGAUGGCUUUCGAUGAACCGGAAGAAGGGAAACAAAAAAGGUCCUCGUAAAGCGGAGGACACGGAGGAGCAACCGAAUGCACUGCUCGAAUCGUUGCUCCAAACUUUGCGCACCUGUCCCGAAGGAAAAGAACUGCAAGCGCUCAUAAGCGCUUUGCAACCGUCUGCCCGUGAUAUCGAGAUGGAGUUGAACAGCGUGAAAGAUGACCUGUUGCUUGUGCUGCCGAUUUCUUACGAUUACACAUCCAUUUACGAGUUCGGUUCGAUAAAAUCGGGGCUGUUGUUUCGAGACAGCGAUCUGGACUUUUAUAUACACUUCCGGCAGGGGAGAAAAGAACGCGAAGAGCAGAUCAGGCUGAUACACAUAGUUUGUGCUAAUAUGACUCGGAAAGGCACGUUCAAGGACAUUAUAAAAAUAUUGAGAGCCAAAAUGCCACUAUUGCAGGCGGUGCAUGUGCGUACGAACCGGCGGUGUGACAUAAACUUUAGCAAUGAUCGCGGCUGGUAUAACAGCAUGUUUCUCCGUGCAGUGAUGCGGUUUGAUCCACGGAUAUAUCAGCUUGCUAUGAUCAUAAAGUUUUGGGCUCGCCGUGCCCACAUUUUUACGGUGCAGAAGCAGAUGAACUCCUACGGCCUGCUGAUGAUGAUGAUCUUUUUCCUUCAAACACUUGACCUACCCGUGCUUUCUUCGGUAGAGAACAUGCAACGGGACAUCCCGCGAGAUCCCUAUGGCGCUUGGAACUUGGCCUACCCGAUGCAGAUCAGGUACAAGACUUGUAACGUAAGCACGGUACGUGAGUUGCUGGUGAGCUUCUUCAAAUUUUACGCGGAGUUCGAUUUUUCCAAAAAUCUUAUCUCCCCGUUCACCGGUAGACUCUGCUCACUACGGGCGCUGAAAGAGAAAACAAUACCGGAACAGGCCGCCUACUACCGGGCAGUGGAACGUGAAGACUAUCCGGAGAUUUCUUGUGGACCGUUCGUCACGAUACAGGAUCCGUUCGAGCUGAAUCUAAACGUGGGAAAGCUGAUGCGCAUGAAAAGAUUAUACGAGCAGCUGUCGCUUAGCUUCCGUCAUGCGUACGCAAUGUGCCUAGCGCAGCAGUACAAUACAUUUUCCAAACUACUAAUAAGUCUCUAUACCGACACAAAGCGGCACCAGAAACCGAAGAGAAAAACAAAGAACAAAACCCACCCUCAUCCACUUGCUCUUCACCCUUUUUCCACUGUCGGCACUGGAAAUUGUAUAGUUGAUGCAUUUUUGAACCUAUCGACCGACACAAAACUUUUCAUUACUUAUGUGUUUGGUUUUUUUUUAAUAACAAUUAUUAUUUCAUUUGUUAUAAGACAGUUCGCCAUAAUAUUGCUAGCGAAUCCUGGAUGGUUGUUAAUUUGUUUUGUGCUUUUUUGCCUUUUUCUAAGUUACCCAAAACAAAGCAUCUACAGAUAGGAGAUUUCUUUAGAUUUAUUUCUUAUAAUAUUUAAAUUUUUGUUAUUUAGACUUUUUCCAUUGAUUGUUGCUACCAUAUCAGAUACCAAAUUGAUUCCAGUUCAAUGAUUCUAU